AUGGCAGUCAACGUGUUAAAGGUUGGCUGGCUACGUGCCUCGGACCAGACCAUUCUCUCGGUCAACACGAGGACGGUGACGCAUAAUGCACGUAUCGCGGUCUCGUACGAGACCGGCGGAAGUUCCGGGUCCGGCGCCGUGUCCGGUAACGCCUUUGGGGUGACAGGAAGUAGCCAAGCCACGGAGGAAGUCGCCAACGGCACGUGGCGGCUCCACAUUCGUCAGUUAAAGGAAUCGGAUAGGGAUUGUUACAUGUGCCAGAUUAACACCAGCCCGAUGAUCUCCCAGCUCGGAUGUUUGGACAUUCUCGUGCCACCGGAUAUCGUUUACGGGGGCGACACCAGCGCCGACUUGGCAGUUCCGGAGGGCGACAACGCGACUCUAAUCUGCCGUGCGACGGGACGACCGACUCCGAGAGUGUCCUGGCGAAGGGAAGACGGUGAACCCAUUCUUAUAAGGGCCUCUUCUGCCGGUAUUAACACUUUCGAGAGUCACGAGACCUACAACGGCUCCCUGCUGCAAUUCCAUCGUGUCGAGAGGCGACAACUGGGGGCGUAUCUCUGCAUCGCCAGCAACGACGUGCCGCCCGCCGUUAGCAAGCGAGUGACACUCGCCGUGAAUUUUGGACCUGUCGUCAAAGCACCUAAUCAGCUUCUGGGCGCACCUUUGGGCACGAACGUCCAAUUGGAGUGCAACGUCGAGGCAUUCCCGAAUACAAUUAAUUAUUGGGUAAAGAACCGCCAGGACACGGAGGACGAGAUACUGAUCGAGGGACACAAGUACAGCGUACGAGAAGAACGAUUCGGAUAUACAGUUUCGAUGUCACUGUUAAUCAAAGACUUCACCGAGCUGGAUGUGGGCAGCUACAGAUGCGUCUCGAGGAACAGUCUUGGCAAGGCCGAUGGUACUUUAAGACUGUACGAAAUUAAAAUGGGCUUCGACAGGUCAUCGCGUGGAAAAGAUCAUGUGUCUAUUAUCGGUGGUUUAGCCGAAGCUGCGCAAAGCUCGGGCGCUAGCAGAGGGUUCUUGGGCUGUAGCAACAAAUUAUCGCAUUUCCUGUCAAUGUUUCUCUUCAUACCGUUAUUCAUCUGGCCACGGUGAAGAAGGCAUACGCUGCUGGCCCCUGCUAAGCCGAGUGCCGGAUAACUUUGUGCCAAAGGACAAGACAAAAAAUCAAGAAUGCUUGUGUAUGCGUAUGCAUGUAUGUGUGUGUAUGUUGGGUCAGAUGAUAUCCAAAGUGUACGAAAUUAUAAAAAAAAAGAGAAUGUGUGCAAGAAAGGAUGAAGCGUUCUAUCCGAUAGAAAGAA